AUGAAUUUCCAUACCUUGAUCGCCAAAAAUGGCGGCCGGACGACGGAGAACGAAGCCGGCAAAGUUUCGGGCGAAACCGAGCUUUUCUCUUCGAUUUUCCGGCGAAAUCUCGACGGCUGGCGGCGGGACCUGGCCGGGGUAGGUAGAGGACGGCGGCCCGGUCAUUUUGGUACCGGCCCCGUCGACUUUGGUGGCCGGACGAGAGCACGGCCGGCCAAAACGUGGCCGGCUGUUUCCGCAGUCGCGAACCAGAGGAGAGAGAGAGGGACGCGCGGGAGAGAGAGAGUGAGUGAGAGACGGGGGCAGUUCCGUCUUUUAUCAAAAAUCCCUUUUCCAAAUAUUUACGAUCGUGCCACUGAGUUUCAUUCGAUCGUAACUCUCUCGUUACAACUCCGAUUCAAGCCCACUACGUGUCUACGAACUCAUCUCGCCGUGCUCUACGGAACGGUACAUCCGGAAUUCCCAAAUUCCUUCCGGGGCACGCAUGGGUCUUGUUUUCACUCACCCCUCGUGCCGAACAACAGGCACGCAUGGGUCUUGUUUUCACUCACCACUCGCGCCGAACGGCAGGCACACAUGGGUCUUGUUUUCACUUCACCCACCUUAGGCUCUAUCUGCCGCUCCCUUCCAAUCUUCAAACCAACCCCUUGGCUUGAGGACUUGGGGGACUACAUGAUCACCACCGGCUUACAAACGACAUACGCUCAUUCCCGGGUCAGAAUUCCGGAGCUCAGGGACAUAAGCAAGUCCCCAACCAAUAAGUCCUUCCUCGAUCGGAAACUUGGGGGACUACUGUUUGUACCAUAUCUGACCACCCACUCACGUCGUGACAAAUGGAAACGCGCUCAAGCCAGAUACCAGCUCAACUGGGGCCAUACCGAAUGUUCUCUCGGCACUCAGUACCGAUUCAGUUGGUCGAUAACGCAACAUCAUUACCUACGCCAACCUUCGGUAUUGUCUACCGAGCGACCAACCAUCACAUCAAUUCGAUUCUGA